AUGGAGAUCGCCGACCGAUUCAUCAACGAGAAAAGGCUUCAAAUUGACGAUGUGGCUCGCAGCUUUGGGUGGUUUAUGUCACAAAUUGAUUGCCUCUUUUGCUCCGACACAUUCAAAUCGAAGCAAGCGCUGCAUCAUAUCUUGAGAUACUAUGAGCAGGCCGAUCCCGAUCUCCGCUUUGGCUUGGACUCCUUUCUACAAAGUGACUGGGCUCGGAAGUCUGCUAUUGCCCAUUGGAAACUUUUCACCGACUUCGAUCAAGUUGUGGACAGCCAGGAAUGCCUGCAAAGCGAGCAAGAACAUCCAGAUGUUGCCUCGUGCUGUGCAUAUGAGUCUCCAGGUGCUUUCCAAUUUCUGAUCCGACAAGGCAUUAUUCGGUCAUGCUACUACAACAGCUUUGGACACAGCCUCUUCCUUCUUGCCUUUCAGGAAAACGCUAUUGAAACGAUUGAUUACAUGAUUUCUACGAUGAGUCCGAUCCAUCUUCUUGCUCCUGCAUCGGUGGCAGAAAUGUGGGAUGGGAGGUCAAUUCUUCAACUCGCGGCGACGAACUCGGUUGUGUUUUGUAUCUGUUGGGAAAAGGUCGACCAAAUGCCACUGGAUUUGGGAGAGAUUCUCCAGGAAGAUGAAAUCCGCAGCAUUUGCCGAUUUGCAAGCAUGGGCCUAGCCUCUCGUUUGUAUCGAAGAGGCAUAGAUCUUGCUGAUGUGGUGAAGAAAGAUUCUUCUCUUUGGCUUGAGAUGAUUCGCUAUCAUUUAGAACCCACAUCUCUUUUUGACUGGCUUUUGAUGAACAAUUGCCUACCACCGCAAGACUAUCUUCUCUUUCAUCCGGACCCCAAUUCCGCUUUGGACUGGCUUUUGGCAAACAAUUUCCCACUUCCAUGUCAUGGACAUGGCCAAGAGUUUCUUCGGGAAUUUGCGAUCUACUGUGGCAGGUUAGAUGCGGCCCAUUGGCUGUCCUUAGAUAGGGUAGCGACCUGUUCAACUAGUGGAUUGUGA